GGCCCGAGCUCCGGUCCUGGGUACCAUGUGGGUGCAGUAGCCGCGCGCUGGAAGUCCCGCCGGAGGUCCGAGUCCGUUUUAGAGAUCCGCUUCCUUCCCUGGCGUGAAAGAUGACAUCCUUAGCCCAGCAGCUCCAACGACUGGCCCUCCCUCAAAGCGACCCCAGUCUCCUGUGCAGAGAUGAAGUGGCCUCUUUGUUGUUUGACCCCAAGGAAGCGGCCACCAUCGACAGGGACACCGCUUUUGCUAUUGGAUGCACCGGCCUGGAAGAGCUUCUUGGAAUUGAUCCUUCCUUGGAACAGUUUGAAGCACCCUUGUUCAGCCAGCUGUCAAAGACCUUGGAGCGCAGUGUUCAGACCAAAGCAGUGAACAAACAGCUGAAUGAAAACAUUUCUUUAUUCCUUAUGCACCUGUCUCCUUACUUCCUGCUUAAACCAGCACAGAAAUGUCUGGAGUGGUUGAUUCACAGGUUCCAUAUCCAUCUAUAUAAUGAAGAUAGCCUCAUUGCCUGUGUUCUGCCAUACCAUGAAACAAGAAUAUUUGUGCGGGUUAUACAGCUUCUCAAAAUUAAUAAUCCUAAACACAAAUGGUUCUGGUUGUUGCCAGUUAAGCAAUCUGGAGUGCCCUUAGCUAAAGGAACUUUGAUUACUCACUGUUACAAAGAUCUUGGAUUCAUGGAUUUUAUUUGUAGUCUUGUGGCACAGUCUGUGAAGGUUUUUGCUGAAUGUCCUGGAAGCUCCGCUCAGCUGAGGGUGCUGUUGACUUUUUAUGCUUCCACCAUCGUGUCUGCUUUAGUGGCUGCUGAGGACAUAUCAGACAAUGUAGUCGCCAAGCUGUUUCCAUACAUCCAGAAGGGGUUGAAAUCAUCUUUGCCAGAUUACAGAGCCGCGACAUACAUGAUAAUAUGUCAAAUUGCUGUGAAGGUGACACUAGAAGAUACCUCUGUUAAUUCAUUGGCAUUCCAAAUCAUCAAAACAUUAACCAGAAUCCCCUCUUUGGUCAAGGAUGGACUAGGCUGCUUGAUAGUGCUCCUGCAAAGACAGAAGCCAGAUAGGCUGGGAAAAAAGCCAUUUCCUCACUUAUGUAAUGUUCCUGAUCUUAUUACAAUACUUCAUGGAAUUGCUGAAACAUACGACAUCAGCCCUCUGCUGCGUUACAUGCUUCCCCACCUGGUUGCUUCCAUCAUUCGACAUGUUAGAGGCGAAGAAACUGAAGCGUUAGAUGGUGAAGUCUGCAGGAGACACUUAGAAGCUAUACUUACAAAUAUAUCUCUGAAGAACAACUUAGACCAUGUGUUGGCUAGCAUUCUUUUUGAAGAAUAUAUUUCAUAUCUCUCACAGGAAGAAAGCAGCUCUAAUAAAGUGUCUUUGCUUAAUGAACAGUUUCUUCCACUUAUAAGGCUUUUAGAAAGCAAAUACCCCAGAACACUAGAUCGUGUAUUAGAGGAACACUUGAAGGAAGUUACAGAUCUAAAAUUGCAAGAGCUUUUCCACCAAUUUAUUUCUCUUUCCACGAGUGGAGGAAAGUAUCAGAUUUUAGCAGAUUCUGAUACCUCCUUGAUGCUCAGUCUGAAUUAUCCUCUUGCUCCUGUGAGACUUUUGGCCAUUAAUCAUCUGAAAAAUAUAAUGGAAACAUCAAAGGAGAGUAUUGAUGAAUCUUUCAUAAAAGAAGCUAUUUUAACUCGAUUAGGUGAUGAUAAUAUAGAGGUUGUUCUGUCAGCUCUAAGUGCUUUUAAGACUUUUAAAGAACAUUUUAGUUCAGAAGUAACUGUUUCAACUCUUCUGAAACUCUUUCGAAGAGCAGAACCUUCAAAGAAUAAGGAAUGGUACAAGGUACUUGAGAUAGCAGCAGACAUUUUGGUGAAAGAAAAGAUCCUGCAUGAAAGCCAUCAGUUGGCAAAUCAGGUGGUGGUACAUUUACUCCCAUAUAUGGUCGUCAUCAGUGACGAGAAGGACUCUCCUGAGAUAAAAAUUGCACUCUAUUUAUCCAAAUCAGGAGUUUGUUCUUUGCACUUUCUGCUAAGAGGCUGGAAAGAAGCUUUUGAAAAUGUGUGUAAGGGCACAAAGUCGGGAAAACUAAUUGGUGUAGCAAAUCAGAAGAUGAUUCAGUUGUUGGCAGACAACAUAAAGUCAGGGGAUCCUUCUUCAAACUUAAAGAUGGUGGAGGAGUUGAUCGAUGUUGUUGACAAGGACGCCUGUACCGUGCGGCAGAAAGUGGCUCUUCACGUCAUCGUGUCUGUGCUCGUCGCUUGCUGCUCAUCCUUGAAAGAAACGAAUUUCCCAUUUGCGAUAAGAGUCUUCAGUUUGUUGCAGAAAAAAAUUAAAGAGCUGGAAAGUGUCAAUGCUGCAGUGGAGAUACCUCCAGAGUGGCAUUUUGAGCUGAUGUUAGACAGAAGCACACCAGUCGAGUUAUGGGCGCAUUACAUAGAACAGCUCCAUACGGGUCAGAUGAUUGCUGUGGAAGAUUCUGUCUUACUUGUAUUUGCACUAAAAAAUUUUAUUCAUGCACUGAAGGUUCCUAAAUGUUUUCCUAAAGAUGACAGAUGGUGGAAUCUUCACCAUCUGAAGGAUGACAGCAGGGACUACCUACACAUACUUAUUGAGCUCUUUGAGCUUAUUCUCGCUGGUGCGGAUGCCAUUCAUUUCAGGGUUUUGCUGAAACUUUUCAUCAAGGUACAUCUAGAAGAUGUUUUUCAGUUAUUCAAGUUCUUCUCUGUUUUAUGGACCUAUGGUUCCAGCCUUUCAAAUCCACUCCGCUGCAGUGUAAGCACAGCGCUGCAGACUAGAGCUCUUUAUAUUGGUUGUACAAUGCUCUCCCCUCAGAAGGCAAAGGUUAAACACCAGCUGGCGUCCGUCUCGUCCCCAGUGGUGAUGUCACUGCUCAUUAAUCUGGGAAGCCCUGUGAAGGAAGUGCGCCGGGCUGCCGUUCUCUGUCUUCAGACCCUCCGUGGAGUGCCAUCCCAGUUUCAGCUGAUCGUAGACCAUUUGGUUCCUAAAGCAGAGGAGAUCACCUCCGAUGCCACCUACGUUGUGCAGGAUUUAGCUACUUUAUUUGAAGAGCUACAGAGAGAAAAGAAACCGAAAUCUCAGCAGAAUUUGUCUGAAACCUUCAAACACCUACUUAAUUGUGUGUAUCACUACCCAGCUUAUAUUGCAAAAGUUUUGCUGAAGGUACUUCAGCACGUCAACAAUGAGGUGGUGCUUUCUCAUCUGCUGCCUAUGAUUGAGAAAUUACUAGAAAAGAUGCAGAAAGAGCCCACAGCUGUCCAGAAGGACGAGGCCAUUGUUUUACAUCUUGCUCUGGGAAAGUAUAAUGAAUAUUCAGCUUCCCUUUUACAUAAGGACCCGCUGAGUCUAGAGUUGUUCAUUAAAGCUGUGCAUACAGCAGAGGAGUUUGGCAUAGGAAUGCCAACAGUUCAGAUUGCAGCCCUUGGGAAGAUUACAAAGCCGUUUUUUGCAGCUAUAGCAGAUGAAAAAGUUCAGCAGAGGCUUUUGGGAAUGAUGUUUGAUUUGUUGGUGAACUGUAAAAACACACAUUGUGCUCAGACUGUUAGCAGUGUUUUUAAAGGGAUUUCCGUUAAAGCUGAGCAAGUCAGAAUGGAACUGGAGCCACCAGAUAAAACUAAAUCUUUGGGUACAAUUCAGCAAACAAGAAGGCAAAAAAUGCAGCAGAAAAAAUCGCAGGAUCUAGAAGCCGUUCAGGAAGUGGAAGGUUCAAAUUGGCAAAGAGUAACCCUCAUCCUAGAACUCCUGCAGCACAAAAAGAAACUCAGAAGUCCUCAGAUAUUGAUACCAACUCUUUUUAACCUGCUUUCACGAAGUCUAGAACCUUUGUCAGUGGACCAGGGAAAUAUGGAGUACACCAAACAAUUAAUUCUCAGUUGCCUGCUCAACAUCUGCCAAAAACUCUCUCCAGAUGGUGGCAAGAUACCUAAAGACAUUCUAGAUGAGGAAAAGUUCAAUGUGGAGCUGAUCGUCCAGUGCAUCCGUCUUUCUGAGAUGCCUCAAACCCAUCACCACGCCCUUUUACUGCUGGGUGUUGUUGCCGGAAUAUUUCCCGAUAAAGUUCUACACAAUAUCAUGUCAAUUUUUACAUUCAUGGGUGCCAGUGUCAUGCGUCUAGAUGAUACUUACAGUUUUCAAGUCAUUAACAAGACCGUGAGAAUGGUUAUUCCGGCGCUCAUACAGUCUGAUGCUGGAGCGUCUCUAGAAGUCACAAGAAACAUUGAACAAAUUGUGAUGAAAAUCAUUAAUGUGUUUGUGGAUGCACUGCCACAUGUGCCAGAGCACAGGCGCCUGCCCAUCCUGGUUCAGCUUGUGGAUACCCUGGGCGCACAGAGAUUCCUCUGGAUUCUCCUCCUGCUGCUCUGUGAGCAGCACGUCACUAAAACCGUGCUGGUAGCUGCCUAUGGAGAAAAGGAUGCUGCGCUAGAGGCAGACACUGAAUUUUGGAUUUCAGUCUGUUGUGAGUUUUGUGUUCAGCAUCAGAUGCUAAGCUUGAUGAAUAUCCUCCAGUACCUAACGCAGCUGCCAGAGGACAAAGAAGAAACCACUUCGAAAGCAAUAUGUAAUAAGAGUGAGUCGCAAGAAGAAACACUACAGAUUUUCAGCAUCGACACGCACAGCAGCAAGCAACUACGGCAUUUUAAAUUUUUAUCAGUGUCCUUCAUGUCUCAGCUCCUGGCUUCUAAUCAUUUUAUCAGAAAGGUAGUUGAAAGUGGUGGUCCUCAGGUUUUAAAAGGCCUUGAACAGAGAUUGUUGGAAAGUGUUCUUGGCUAUAUUAAUGUUGUGGCCCAGUCCUUGGAGAAAAAUGCAGACAAACUGACUGUGAAGUUUUGGCGAGCUCUUCUUAGUAAAGCUUACGACAUGUUAGAUAAGGUCAAUGCCUUGUUGCCUACGGAAACAUUCAUUCCUGUCAUCAGAGGGCUGUUGGGCAACCCAUUGCCAUCUGUGCGCCGGAAAGCACUUGACCUUUUGAACAACAAGCUGCAGCAGAACGUGUCUUGGAAGAAGAAACUUGUUCACCGUUUCCUCCAACUAGUCCCAGUCCUUUUGGCCAUUGUGCAGCGUAAAGCCAGAGAGUUGGAAGAUCAAGCAAUAAACAGACAGACAGCGCUGUAUACCCUGAAGCUUUUGUGUAAAAAUUUUGGUGCAGAAAAUCCAGAGCCAUUUGUCCCUGUCCUGAGCAGCACAGUUAAAUUGAUCACACUGGAAGCGAAGGAGGAGAAGAAUGUCUUGGGCAGUGCGCUGCUGUGUAUCGCAGAGGUGACCGCCACGCUGGAAGCGCUGUCCAUACCCCAGCUACCCAGCCUGAUGCCGUCGUUGUUGGCAACCAUGAAAAACACUAGUGAGCUGGUCUCCCACGAGGUCUACUUGCUGAGUGCCUUGGCAGCCCUGCAGAAGGUUGUCGAAACCCUCCCUCACUUCAUCAGCCCCUACCUAGAAGGAGUCCUGUCAGAGGUGAUUUGUUUGGAGAAAAUCACUAGUGAGAUGGGUUCGGCCUCACAGGCUAAUGUCCGUCUCACGUCUCUUAAAAAGACCCUGGCCACCACGCUGUCCCCCCGCGUCCUGCUGCCAGCCAUCAAUAAAACAUACAAGCAAGUUGAGAAGAACUGGAAGGAUCACAUGGGUCCGUUUAUGAGCAUCUUGAAGGAGCACAUUGGGGUGAUGAAAAAGGAUGUCCUUACUGCCCACCAGUCUCAGCUCACCACAUUUUUCUUAGAGGCCCUGGACUUCAGAGCACAGCACUCAGAGAAUCAUCUGGAGGAAAUUGGAAAGACCGAAAAUUGCAUCAUUGACUGUUUAGUAGCCAUGAUUGUAAAGCUUUCUGAAGUCACCUUCAGACCCCUCUUCUUUAAGCUGUUUGAUUGGGCCAAGACAGAAGAUGCCCCGAAGGACAGAUUGCUGACAUUUUACAACUUGGCAGACUGCAUUGCUGAGAAGCUGAAGGGACUUUUUACUCUCUUUGCUGGCCAUUUAGUGAAACCUUUUGCUGACACCUUAAAUCAGGUGAACAUCUCCAAAACAGAUGAAGCUUUUUUUGACUCUGAAAAGGAUCCUGAAAAGUGCUGUUUGCUGUUGCAGUUUAUUUUGAACUGUUUAUAUAAAAUCUGUCUUUUUGAUACUCGGCAUUUUUUGAGUAAAGAGAGAGCAGAAGCUUUGAUGAUGCCCCUUAUUGAUCAGCUGGAAAACAGGCUUGGGGGAGACGAGAAGUUCCAGGAGCGAGUGACAAAGCACCUGAUACCGUGCAUCGGGCAGUUCUCCGUGGCUGUGGCGGAUGACUCUCUGUGGAAACCACUGAACUACCAGAUUCUGCUGAAGACAAGAGACUCCUCGCCCAAGGUUCGGUUUGCUGCUUUGAUUACCGUGUUAGCACUGGCUGAAAAACUGAAGGAGAACUACAUUGUCUUGCUACCAGAGUCCAUUCCUUUCUUAGCAGAACUGAUGGAAGAUGAAUGUGAAGAAGUCGAACAUCAGUGCCAAAAGACGAUUCAGCAACUGGAAGUUAUACUGGGAGAGCCCCUCCAGAGCUACUUCUGAAACGGUUUCCAGACUUUGUUCAGAGUUGGUGAUUAUUUUUCAUGUUUUUAUUUUUGGACUUUGGGUGCCAUGUUUGUGUUGGUGCCAAUAGUCCCAACCUAUUUAAAGAUUUUUCAUCUCUUUCUUAGAACACUCCCCAUCAUGUUUGUGUAUAUACAAAGAGUAAAUGGUGCAGGGUGUUUUUAA